AUGACGUACACAAUUGUUUUCGCGAUACUCUCGGUGGCCGCCGCUAAACCUAAGCCGGGCGGUAUUAUUGAUGACUGGGGAGCACCUUCAAGCGUUGUUGCCCACAUUUAUGCCAAAAGUCGUUCAACCUAUUACUGCACUUGUUCCUACCCUGUAUCGUAUGUCCACCAGCUACCAUCAGUGAGUUACGUGCACCAGCCCGCAGUGGCGGUCGCUCAGCCCGUGGCGGUCGCUCAGCCGGUGGUGCACGCCGCUCCCGUGGCCGUCGCCAAGCCCGCCACCAGCUACGCUUCAUUCCAACAGAUCGUGCACCCAGUGCAAGUAGCCCAGCAAGUUGUCCACGCUGCUCCUGUGGUCUCACAGCCAGUCGUCCACGCCGCCCCUGUGGUACAAACCGUUGCCCAGCACGUGGUCGCCCAGCCCGUGGUCCAUGCCGCCCCAGUAGUCCAGGCCUAUGCCCAGCCUGUAGUUCAGAAGUAUGUGUCUGUGGGAUCUUACGGCGGUUCCUACGGGGGCUACGGACACGGAUGGUAAACGAUGACGUAAUGACGUCACAAGUGUAAAUAUUUUUUUGUUCUAGCGUUAAGAUUUUGUCCGUAUUGUUGAUGUGGUGCAAAUAAAGGUUAUCAGUACUGAAUAUUCGUUUUAUUUUGUUUUCAUUUCUUUUAAAUAAAAAUGUAAAGUUUUUUUUCUAUAACCUUUAAAAUAAAUGCUCGACUGAAUUAACAUAUUUCGCACCCUAUCUAGGUUAAGUAAAUGUUUCCCAAAUUCUUUCGUAGUAUAACGAAGCCAAAAUUCCAUUUUUAUUGACAAGCUAUCUACGCGUCAAGCCCUAAUUGACGUAAAGAAAAUGUUAAGUUAUAAUGAAGCUACCGUCAACAUGAU